CUUCCUUUUCAUGAAACCAAACAGUUUUGCUUUUUGUUAUCUUCAGUAAUAUACGUUUGUUUUUUCUUGUACCUAAUAUUACACGUGAUUCUUCCUUUCAUUCUGAAAAAUAACUAAGUAGGAGGAGCCAGCCCUUUAUUUUCUACACAGCCUUCAUCAAAGAGGAAAUAAAAAUUAACAACAAAAGAUCAACAAGGAUGACUCUGCGACUGGAAAUAAUCCUUAUUCUCAUGCUUCAUUUUGGAGGCAUCAGACUGCAAAUUGAGGAUCUCUUUGAAAUAUUUGGAGAGGAUGUUCUUUUAUCAUGUAAUGUUGAUGCAUCCUUUUACCAAUGUUCAAAUGUAUCCUGGGUGUACAACAGACGUGGUAAUACUGGUUUAGAAAUAUUAAGCACUGCAAAAAUUGUUGUCCAGAGUUCAGCUCGGACUUCCAGGUUGAGUGUGAGCAAUAACUGCUCUCUGCUCAUCAAAAACAUCACUGCAGAGGAUGCUGGUCAAUAUGUCUGUCGCCCUGGUAACAGCAACAAGUUUGAUGUCCCUGUGUAUCUCAACACUUUGAGCAGCGUCAGUGGACAAACUGAACAUCUCUAUCACAGAGUUGGAGAUGACGUCAAAUUACCUUGUAGUGAUAAAUCCUCCUUUUUCUCAUGCUCUGGAGUUAACUGGCUGUACCAGAGAGAUUCAAGUGCAGCAUUUAGAACGGAUGUAUACUUUGGAAAUGAACAAGCUUCAUCUCAAGCUUCCAGGCUGAGUUUGAGCAGUAACUGCUCUCUCUUAAUCAGAAACAUCACUGAUGAAGAUGCUGGUCAUUAUAUCUGUCGGCUUGGGAGCAGAAUUGAGUUGGACACGUCUGUGUAUCUUAAUACUUUGAACAAUCUUCCUGGUCACAACUUCAUCAUCAUGGUUGGAUCAGUGGUGAAGGUGGUAAUGUUUCUGAUCAUGGUUGCUGCUCUGGUCUAUGUGUGUAAGAGGAGAACCAAAGGGGAUAAACACCAGAGAGGCAGAACAGGGAGAAGACCUGUGGAUGGUGAUGAGGACAUCUUGUGAAUAAGGGUUGCAAAAAACUCCUCUUAGAGCAAAGGAGAAAAAAAAAAGUUUUCACCUUUUACAUUAUUUUUCAAAUGAGAGCUUUUUUCUUCUUCUCUAGCUUUAUUUGCUUAGCUCUGACUACUCCUGCAAAGUUUCUAAGCAGCCUGCUCAGUUCACUAACCACUCCACAAAUAUCUCAACACAAUUUCAAUGUACCAAUUAUUAAAAUGCUGGUAACAUUUUAUUUAGAUGUAUUUAGUUUUUUAAAAAGUAAGUUUUUAACAGAUAGGGUUGAGUUUUAUUUUAAACUAAAUUAAUUCCUAAAAAUAAUAGCCUAAAAAUGAUAGGUAAAUGUAUUUAUCCAUUCAACCAGCCGUUUGUUUUUUCAUGCACGACUAGACAGCAUUAUAGUUGUGCUUGUUUUGCAUUAAAUGCACAUAUAUUAUACUCAAGUUAGUUGUUUUGUUUACUAGAAUCAUUCAAUGUUUGUCAAAAAUUUUAAAACUUGUGCCACAUGUUUUUAGGCCGAGUAAGGAAAUCACACAGUUUUACAAGAAAUUGAACUUGUGAUCUUCUUAUUAUGACACCCCAAUGCUAAGCACUGCUCUACCAUGCUAUCUCUGCGUGGAUUCAAAUUGAAUUAUCUUCUUCCAAAUUGUAAAUUACAUGUUGAGUUACUGUAAAUCUUCCAACAGGGUCUAACAGGUGAUCAUUACUGCCAGAUGCCUGUCUCUAAAAGUAGCCGGGUUCCUUUAAGAUUCCCGCAACCCCCCAGGUUGUGCACAGUUGUGCUGACUCUGGGUGUCUGUGGUAUUUGUAUUGUGAGCCAGUGUAGCAAUUAGAGCUGGGUUGAAAAAAAUUGAUGAAUUGAUUUAAAUCGAUUUAAGCUUAAUAGAUCAAUAAUCAAUUCAUAA